AUGCAUCCAACGCACACGAUCAUGACGGAUCGCCCUGAACUGAUGUCUCGACCAUGUCCUGCGAUCUAUUCGUCCGCUUGGCUUGGCAACGACGGCAUCAGGGAUCUCUACUCCUCUCCGAAGCAUGCAGAUACCGAUCCCAAUGGCAACCUUAAUUCGCUCCCUUUUCGAGGACCAGUCACAUUACGGCCCGGUUUCUACGCCGUCCCCUUUAUUGUGCCAAUUGCGGAGACGGCUUAUCCAUCCAUCCUGAUUUCGGGAAUCUGGACGAGGUCUGGGCAAGCCUCGACCCAGACCAGGUAA